AUGGCUGCAAAGAAAAAGCCCACAAAACAAGCACAGCAAGAUGGCAGCGAGGGGUUCCCGGGGCUCAAGAGCCCGGGGCAGCCCGCAACCAACACCAAGUAUCAAGACUUGCAAGAGCAAGAAGUUAUGGUGUUACAGGCUAUCUAUGGUGAAGACUUCAUUGAGCACACCGCAGCGCACACUGCAUGGCAUAAAUCCGAGCCUUCUUUCGAUAUUCGGGUGAAGGCUUCGUCCGACGAAGAAGUCGCCAUGACGCUGGGUGUUGUCCUAGUUGCAACAUACCCGAAAUCCCCCCCACUGUUGAUCAUCAAGGAUGACGGCGACUUGCGGGAAUCGACCCGGUUUAAGAUCCAGAAGUUUGUCGAGACGCAGCCAAAGUCAUGGGCCAAGGAGGAGCAGGAGAUGAUUGACCGCAUCGUCGAGGGGAUCCGUGAGAUCCUUGAAGUUGCCGCCCACAAGAAAGCCCAAGGACUUGAGCUCCCGUCUCUGGAGGAGGAGAGGGCAGCACAUGAAGCUGCAUUGGCCAAGCAAGCUAAAGAUGAAAGGGAGCUCGAGGAACGCAAAAAGCUCGAGGAGACGCUGGAGGAGGAGCGUGUCCUGGGCGAUAUGGUUCAAGAGGAACUCAAGCGGCAGAGAAACAAAGCGAAAGAGUCGAGAAAGAAGAACACCAGCCAGAUGAUGCCGCCGGAUCGCAUGACGGAGGAUCCGGCUGGUGUCGACGUCGCUCUCAUUCUCGAUCAACCAUGCAAGCUGGCGGACACGCCAGGCGAGGCCGUGUACUUCCAGACAGUCAUUGAGAAAACCGUCUACCGGGAAGGCCCCGCGACGACCGUCUACAAAGUCAAGCCUGCUCUCUCUGCCAGAAACGUUCGCCCCAGUUUGGCUCUCAAGGAAAUCGAGCUGAAAUAUCAUGGCAAAGACUCCGUGCAGCUCAAAAAGCAACUCCAGUCGCUGGAGAUGGAGUUGGAGUCCCUCAAGAAACUCCACCAUAAGAGCCUUCUACCUGUUCUUGACUUCAAAAUUGAUCGUUCUAUCAGCGAAACAGACUCGUCUGCCCCCGCUUUGUGGACUGUCAGUGUCCUCACCCCUUUCAGUGAGCGAGGCCCCGUCGACGAACUGCUAGAUCUCGCUGGCCAAAUCAACAGUAGCAAAGCCAAAAUUUGGACGACCGAUCUCCUCGAUGCCCUGGCGUUCUUACAUAACCACGGCAUCAUCCACCAGGAUAUUCACCCUGGAAACAUCCUUCUGUGCCGAAAUCAAGGCGGGGAUGUUGUUCCCAAGUUGGCCGACGCUGGCUACCAGCGAGCUCUUCACAACAUGUGCAACAAAAUAACCACGCUGACGGCGACUAGAGCAGCGAAGUCGGCUUAUUGGUUCCCUCCUGAAAUUGCGGGCGUUUCUAAGCCACAGUACACACAGAAGACGGAUGUUUGGGAUUUUGGUAUCGUGAUGCUGCAGAUGCUCUUUGGUCUGGACGUGCCCGAUAAGUACCAUUCUCCAUCGGCGUUGAUAGAAUCACUCUCACUCUCGGACCCUCUGAAGGAACUUGUAGGGAAGUUUUUCAAGUCAGACCCGAAGAAGCGGCCACGGGCGUUUGAGCUCGGUUCGAGUGAAUUCCUCGCCACUAACUGCGCUGUUCUAACGGAAGACGUCUCUUCCAUUUUUGGAAGCUCCAUGAUUUCUCUUUCUCAGGGCAUGGCGCGGCGGCAGCGCCACGACUCCAUGAACCGCAGUGCUGCUGCCUCAAGAUACCUGGAGGAUUAUGUGGAAGAAGGCCGGUUGGGCAAAGGCGGUUUUGGAGAAGUCGUUCGAGCCCGCAAGAUGAUCGACAGUCGGCUCUACGCUAUCAAGAAGAUCACACAGCGGUCUCAGGAGACCCUUUCCGAGAUGCUCAAAGAAGUCAGAUUACUGUCGCAGAUGAAUCACCCCGCGGUCGUCCGGUACUAUAACACCUGGCUCGAGGAGGCCCCAGACAACGCUGAAGCUGAAACUGAAACGGACACGUCAACGGACGGAACUAACACACCCAAAGACGCAACAUCACGGAGUCUCGUGAUAGAAUUUGGUGAGAGCAAGAGUAGGGGUUUGGAUUAUAUGUCUUCCAGUGGCCAUCCUUACUUGGAACUGGGCCUUGACUCGGCCAUCGAUGAGGAGGAGGAGGAAGAAGAAGGAGAGGAAACUUCGUCGUCUGAAGAAGACGAGGACACAUCAACCCUAAACAGCAAGGGCCCGAAAGAUCAACUCGUUGUCCCGACCAAUGCCCGAGCAGACCGCGCUAGAAGAGGCAGCGGUCGCCCAUUCCGAAUGAUGAUGUACAUUUCCAUGGAGUAUUGCGAAAAACGGACCCUUCGCGACUUGAUCGCUCGCAACCUGUCCAAAGACUCCCAGGAAGUCUGGCGUCUCUUCCGCCAAAUCCUUGAAGGCCUUUCCCACAUCCAUAGCCUCAACAUUGUCCAUCGUGACCUCAAGCCCGAGAAUGUUUUCAUCAGUGCCGGCGCAGACGGGAUUGAAAAUGUUAAGAUUGGCGAUUUUGGUUUGGCUACCAGUGGGCAGCUUGCUAUGGACAAGUCGGCCGCGGGUUUGGAUGCCGCCGACAUGACGCGGAGUAUUGGGACCGCUGUUUAUGUGGCCCCUGAAGUUAGGACGGGAGGUAGUGGCUCCUACACUGCGAAGGUGGACAUGUAUUCCCUGGGCGUCAUGUUCUUUGAGAUGUCAUACCCUCCAAUGCUUGGAAUGCAGCGGGCGAUGGUGCUCGAGCAAGUACGGCGAGAUCCGCCAACUCUACCAGAAGACUUUAAGCCGUUUGACAAGAACCACACUGAAAUCUUGCUAUCUCUUCUGUCUCACAACCCCAAAGACCGGCCCGCUAGCACCGAGCUGCUCAAAAGCGGGAGGUUACCGGUUGAGAUGGAAAGUGAGGCAAUCCGGCGCGCUAUUGCCGGAGUGGCAGAUCCUACUUCGCCUUACUUUGAGAAGAUGCUUGAGACAGUCUUUUCGCGCCAGGUGGAUCAAGCAAAGGACUACGCGUGGGAUAUCUCGUCGACUAGCCCCAAAUCCAUCGAUUUGAUGAGACGGUACAUUGUAAAGGAGACGUUGAUCUCGAUCUUCCGAAAGCAUGGGGCUGUCGAGGCCCCUACGGCAUCCCUCUACCCACGGUCGCUGCAUUACGAUCAGAACGCCGUCCACUUGCUUGACAAGAACGGCACGGUACUCCAACUGCCCUUUGAUCUAAUGAUGGGCCACGCUCGUUCGCUGGCGAGAACCGCAAGCGGCCCAGUGCCGCAGCGCACUUACUCGUUUGGCAACAUCUUCCGCGACCGCAAUGACGGCGGGCAGCCGGAUGUGUACGGGGAGGUUGAUUUUGACAUCAUCACCAACGAUGCCCUGGACCUUGCGCUGAAGGAAGCUGAGGUGAUCAAGGUGCUGGAUGAGAUCAUAUCUACAUUCCCUACCACAUCCUCGACGCCCAUCUGCUUCCAGCUUGGCCAUUCAGACUUGCUACACUUGAUCUUUGAGUUUUGUGGCGUCGAGGAGGACUCACGACAUGCUGCGGCCGAAGUUCUCAGCAAGCUCAACAUCCGGAACUUUACGUGGCAAAAGAUCCGCAGCGAGCUCAGGGCACCUCCGGUGAGUAUGUCGGCCACGAGCGUUGACGAGAUGCAGGCGUUCGAUUUCAGAGAUACCCCUACCAAGGCAAUCUCUAAAUUGAGGGGCCUCUUUGAAGGUACCGAGUACACUGAGAGGGCGUCAUCCACACUAGUUCACCUCCGCGAAGUGUACGAAUACACCAAGAAGUUCAAUUUAAGUAGCAAGGUGUACAUCGCCCCCCUGAGCAGCAUCAACGAGAGCUUCUUCCGCGGAGGUAUCCUCUUUGCGUGUUUGUACGACAAGAAGAUCAAGGAUGUCUUCGCGGCCGGCGGCCGAUACGACGGGUUGAUUAAGGAACAACGUCCCAAGAUCGGCACCCGUUUUGCUGAGCGGCAUGCUGUGGGAUUCAGUCUGAACUGGGAGAAGCAGCUAGUCAAGCCGGUUCCCAAGGCUACGGGCAAAGCGUUCCUAAAGAAGGCGGUCGAGGAGGAGGCUCAUGGUAUUUUCAGCGCGAAGCGGUGUGACGUUUUGGUAGCCAGCUUCGAUCCAUCCAUCUUGCGCUCUUCCGGGGUCGAGCUCCUCCAACACCUCUGGGCGCAUGGCAUCAGCGCGGAGCUCGCCCGCGACGCUCGAUCACCCGAAGAUCUUCUGUCUAAUUACCGUGACGAAUCCUUCAGUUGGAUCGUGAUCAUCAAGCAGGACAACUUGCUCAAGAUCAAAACCAUGGGCCGCAAAGAAGCGUCCGACGCUGACAUCACAGCCAAGGAGCUCAUCAACUGGCUCAGGUCGGAAAUCCGCGAGCGUGACUCGCGCGCGGGUACGAAACACCGCACCGCGGCUGCCGGUCUGCCGCACUCUGACUCGGUCGGCGCGCUCCCAACGAGUGCCGGUGCGCCAGAAAACGAGCAGCAGGAGGUCCGCGUGCUAGUUGCGCAGACUAAAUCGAAGAAAUUUAAUCGCCACGCCGUCGUGGAACAAGCGCACAGCAGCGCCGCGCGACUUGUCCGUACGUUCCUGGAUGGACCCGUCGCGGCGAUCGAAACUUCAGAUGCCGUCGUCGACCUGAUCCGCGGGACUAGCUUGGGGGAUCCAGAGAGCUGGCGGCGCGUGGAGCAUAGCGUCGGCACGACGGAGAAGAAGUAUGUGCGUGAGAUUCACGAUAUGCUCAAACAGUGGCGGUGGGAGUGGGAGUCGAAGAAGGAAGGAAGCAGCCCAAACGCGUUUGUGUACAACUUCCGUACCGGCAAGUGUGUCUACUAUGACCUAGGGGCUUAG